GAAUGUCCAAAUCCAAAACCCUAAAAACACAGAACCUAAAGCCCUAGAAACCCUAAUCACGUCACCACUCUCUCUCUCUCUCUCUCUAUAUAUAUACACACACACACAUACAUACAUAUAUAUAUAUAUAUAAGUAUAUAUAAUCAAUGGCAGGGGCUCGAUUCAAAGAAUUUUUGAAGAAGUACGGCAAAGUAGCAAUAGGGGUACAUUGCUCAGUCUCGGCGGCUUCAGUCACCGGUCUCUACAUCGCCAUCAAGAACAACGUUGAUGUCGAAUCAAUGCUUGAGAAAGUCGGUUUGCGAGGCCUCCCCACCACAGCCAAAGACGAACCAGAAAUUCCCCAAUCCAGCCCCGAAAUGACCACCGAUGGGUUCGUCAUCGAAGAUCAGGUGAAGAAGAAGAGGAAUCGGACGGCUGAGUUGGCUGCUUCGAGCGGCGGAGCACUUGCUUUGGCCAUUCUCGUUAACAAGGUUCUGUUUCCGAUUAGGGUUCCGAUCACCAUCGCGCUUACGCCGCCGAUCGCCAGGUUCUUGGCCAGGCGGCGAAUCAUCAAGAACAGUCAGUAGUGUAUGAUCUUAAUUUUCAUAGUGUUUGUUUUCUAUAUGUGAAUUGGUUGAAAUAAUUGAGACAAGUAUGAAAUUUCUUUGUUCUUUCUCUGCGUUUGUUUCGAAUCCAA